AUGUGGUUAUCACAGGACAUUGGUGCUGGGGGAUGGUCCCCAUCUGACAGUGACCAUUACCAAUGGCUUCAGGUUGACUUUGGCAAUCGGAAGCAGAUCCGUGCCGUUGCAACCCAAGGGAGGUACAGUAGCUCGGACUGGGUCACCCAGUACCGCAUGCUCUACAGCGACACUGGGAGGAACUGGAAACCCUAUCAUCAAGAUGGAAACAUCUGGGCAUUUCCUGGGAACAUCAACUCUGACAGUGUGGUUCGACAUGACUUCCAGCACCCGGUGAUUGCCCGUCACGUGCGCAUCGUGCCUCUGGAUUGGAACGGAGAAGGCCGCAUCGGGCUCCGAAUUGAGGUCUAUGGCUGUUGUUACUGGGCUGAUGUUAUCAACUUUGAUGGCCAUGUUGUGUUACCAUAUAGAUUCAGAAACAAGAAGAUGAAAACACUGAAGGAUGUCAUUGCCUUGAAGUUUAAAACCUCUGAAAGUGAAGGGGUCAUCUUGCAUGGAGAAGGACAGCAAGGGGAUUACAUUACUUUGGAACUAAAAAAAGCCAAGCUGGUCUUCAGCUUAAACCUAGGAAGCAACCAGCUUGGCCCCAUCAAUGGCCACACGUCCGUGAGGACGGGCAGUCUGCUGGAUGAUCACCACUGGCACUCCGUGGUCAUCGAGCGCCAGGGCCGGAGCAUCAACCUCACCCUGGACCGGCGCGUGCAGCACUUCCGCAGCAACGGGGAAUUCGACUACCUGGACUUGGACUAUGAGAUAACCUUUGGGGGCAUACCUUUCUCUGGUAAGCCAAGUUCCAGCAGUAGCAAGAAUUUCAAAGGCUGCAUGGAAAGUAUUAACUACAAUGGCAUCAACAUAACUGACCUUGCGAGAAGGAAGAAACUGGAACCCUCAAAUGUGGGAAAUCUGAGUUUCUCGUGUGUGGAGCCCUACACAGUGCCUGUCUUUUUCAAUGCUACCAGUUACCUGGAGGUGCCUGGAAGGCUCAACCAGGACCUGUUUUCGAUCAGUUUCCAGUUCAGGACUUGGAACCCAAAUGGCCUCCUGCUCUUCAGUCACUUUGCGGACAAUUUGGGCAAUGUGGAGAUUGACCUCACGGAAAGCAAAGUUGGCGUUCACAUCAACAUCACGCAGACCAAGAUGAGCCAAACUGACAUUUCCUCAGGUUUUCUGAACCAGAUGAAAAACUCAAGCCACUCUGUCCUUCAGCCUUCAUUCCAAGGAUGCAUGCAGCUCAUUCAAGUGGAUGAUCGACUUGUGAAUUUAUAUGAAGUGGCUCAGAGGAGACCAGGAAGUUUUGCAAAUGUCAGCAUUGACAUGUGUGCCAUCAUAGACAGAUGUGUGCCCAAUCACUGCGAGCAUGGUGGGAAGUGCUCACAGACGUGGGACAGCUUCAGAUGCACUUGUGAUGAGACAGGAUACAGUGGGGCCACCUGCCACAACUCCAUCUACGAGCCUUCCUGUGAAGCGUAUAAACACCUAGGCCAGACAUCGAAUUACUAUUGGAUAGAUCCUGAUGGCAGUGGACCUCUGGGGCCUCUGAAAGUUUACUGCAACAUGACAGAGGACAAAGUGUGGACCAUAGUGUCUCACGACUUGCAGAUGCAGACGACGGUGGUGGGCUACAACCCAGAAAAAUACUCGGUGACACAGCUCGUUUACAGCGCCUCCAUGGACCAGAUCGGUGCCAUCACCAGCAGCGCCGAGUAUUGUGAGCAGUAUGUCUCCUAUUUCUGCAAGAUGUCCAGGCUGCUGAACACCCCAGAUGGAAACCCUUACACCUGGUGGGUUGGCAAAGCCAACGAGAAGCACUACUACUGGGGAGGCUCCGGGCCCGGGAUUCAGAAAUGCGCCUGUGGCAUCGAGCGCAACUGCACGGACCCCAAGUAUUACUGCAACUGCGACGCGGAUUACAAGCAGUGGAGGAAGGAUGCUGGCUUCUUAUCCUACAAAGAUCACCUGCCUGUAAGCCAGGUGGUGGUUGGAGAUACUGACCGGCAAGGCUCAGAAGCCAAACUGAGUGUGGGACCCCUGCGCUGCCAAGGAGACAGGAAUUACUGGAAUGCUGCCUCUUUCCCAAAUCCAUCAUCCUACCUGCAUUUUUCUACUUUCCAAGGGGAAACUAGUGCCGACAUUUCUUUCUACUUCAAAACAUUAAUCCCCCGGGGAGUGUUUCUGGAAAAUCUUGGGAACACAGAUUUCAUCAAAAUCGAGCUGAAAUCUGCCACAGAAGUGUCCUUUUCUUUUGAUGUUGGAAAUGGGCCGGUGGAGAUUUCGGUGAGGUCGCCCACCCCUCUCAAUGACGACCAGUGGCACCGGGUCACCGCAGAGAGGAACGUCAAGCAGGCCAGCUUACAGGUGGACCGACUGCCCCAGCGGAUCCGCCAGGCACCCACAGAAGGCCACACCCGCCUGGAGCUCUACAGCCAGCUGUUUGUUGGUGGUGCUGGAGGCCAGCAGGGCUUCCUGGGCUGCAUCCGCUCCCUAAGGAUGAAUGGGGUGACCCUGGACCUGGAGGAGAGGGCAAAGGUCACAUCCGGGUUCAAAUCCGGCUGCUCGGGCCACUGCACCAGCUACGGGACGAACUGCGAGAACGGAGGCAGAUGCAUAGAGAAAUACCACGGUUACUCCUGUGAUUGCUCCAGCACGGCAUACGACGGGACGUUCUGCAACAAAGAUGUUGGUGCAUUUUUUGAAGAGGGGAUGUGGCUGCGGUAUAACUUCCAGGCGUCAGGGGUCAGUGCCAGAGAACCGGGCGGUAGGUCCGAGAACUCCCCGGAGCAGCAGUCCGCGCCCCCAGACCUGGCCCGUGAGGAGGUUCACUUCAGCUUCAGCACCACCAAGGCGCCCUGCAUCCUCCUCUACAUCAGCUCUUUCACCACCGACUUCCUGGCGGUGCUCAUCAAACCCUCCGAGUCAGCCCUGAGGAAAUCAGGUCUGGAAACCAGGGUUCAGAAGGCAGUGUCGUCCCCCCAGGAAGGGUUGACCCCACGGCAGGACAGCCACGUUCUUCUCAAAGCAUCUCCUCUUUUCUUCCUGCAGCUGGAUCACUACCCUUCCGCAAGUUACCGCCUGCCAGGUCCAUCCGACACGCUGUUCAAUUCGCCCAAGUCGCUCUUUCUGGGAAAAGUCAUAGAAACGGGGAAGAUUGACCAAGAGAUUCACAAAUACAACACCCCAGGAUUCACCGGGUGCCUCUCCAGGGUCCAGUUCAACCAGAUUGCCCCUCUCAAGGCAGCCUUGAGGCAGACGAACGCGUCCACUCAGGUCCACAUUCAAGGCGAGCUGGUGGAGUCCAACUGCGGGGCCUCCCCACUGACCCUCUCACCUAUGUCGUCCGCCACCGACCCCUGGCACUUAGAUCACUUGGAUUCAGGGGUCAUCGCUGUGGUGAUCUUCACCAUCCUCUGCACCUUGGUCUUCCUCAUUCGGUACAUGUUCCGUCACAAGGGCACCUACCACACCAACGAAGCAAAGGGGGCAGAAUCAGCCGAGAGUGCGGAUGCUGCCAUCAUGAACAACGACCCCAACUUCACAGAGACCAUUGACGAAAGCAAAAAGGAAUGGCUCAUUUGAAGGGUGGCUAUUUGGAUCUGGGAGAGGGAGGGGGGACUAUUAGGGAGGAGGGAAAGGGACAAAAACACCCGACUUCAUACUCUUGAGCACAUCCUUAAAAUAUCAGCACAAGUUGGGGGAGGCAAGCAACAGAAAACUCUUGAGACUGAUUGCCACACAAAAAAAAUACUUUUUAAUAUUUCUUUAUAGCUGAGUUUCCCCUUCUGUAUCAAAACAAAAUAAUACAAAAAAUGCUUUUAGAGUCUAAGCAAUGGUUGAAAUUUGUAGGUAAUAUCUGUCUUAUUUUGUGUGUGUUUAGAGGUGUUCUAAAAACCCAUGGUAACAGGGCAAGUUUUCUACGUUUUUAAGCGCCCUUAGAAUGUGGAUAUUUUUUCUUGAGAAAAGCUGAUGCACAUAUGCCUCCAGCAUUCUCUUCCUUUUCCAUAUAGUCAACUUUUAAUGAGCUAUUGUAGUAACUAGUUCGUGUUCACAUAAUAUUUCUUUUGGUGUCCUGUAAAUUGGAAAAGGAAAGAAAGAGACAAGGAGAGCCUAUUAUUUGUCAGUUUUCAAAGAGACCUGUGCCAGUUGUCUGAGCAUCCCCACCCGAAGCAGUGGAAGGGUGUCUGGCUCUUGUGUAAUAAUGUAAUCAGCACAAAGGAGAGAAGCAUUAAGAACCAGGGUAGGUCAUUUCAUAUUGGGAUUAUCGGCUUACUUUUCAUGAGAUUCUACAAGAUAAUACUGUUUCAUAUGUGUAGUUUAGACCUAUUCAAUAUCUGUAACUAUGAGCUACCACAAGGUGGUGACCAGCUGUUACAAAAGAUUUUUCCUCUGCUUUACCUACAAUAUAUUGGGUUGCAUUACAUGUGUGUGAACAGCUCACUGGGUCUAGCUUUUAAACCUCUGCCACAAAAUCUUAGCAGACAGUGUCCUCUGAAUGGAUACACACAACAAAGUCAAGUUACGAUCACUAUUAUUAUUGCUAUUACUCUGGAAUCGUAUGGAAAACACUGCCAUAUUUUAAGUCACAUGCUCCAUGUAUCGCUGUGCCCGAAAUGGACACCCUACCGUGACUCAAGGAGCUUCUAUGACAGAUACGCUUGACCUCCAGGCCCAUCACAAGUCCAGUAACUGAUGUUGCUUCUCAGAGAAUUAGUCUAGUCAGUCACACCUCAGUUUAAUCUGGAACCUCAACCAACUUUUUCCAACAAAUAGCUCGUUGAUUUUAUUUUAAAAUAAUAGACUUUCUGUGUAAACAAAUGGGGCAAGCAAAUGCUGCAGCAUCCAAAAAUUUAUUUCAUUCAUUUAUUUUUUUUUUCAACUGCACAAAAGCUAUUUCUAGAAUGACUACCAUAUAUGAUCACUAUAGUUUGGGCUCUUAUACUUAAAUAUUCUUUAGACUCCAACAUUUUGAGAAAUUAAACAUGAUCACUUUUUACCCUCUCCUCCUGGAGAAGGUAAGAUGAGGUGUAGCAAUAUUAAUGCUAUUUUUCUGAUAGCCUGACUCAUUAAAAUGAGAACUGUCAUUUGUUGAGAUUAUACAUACAUACUUUUCAAGAUUCUCAGUAUGCCUAACUUAUUGAAGGAUUUCAAUUUCUUGGGUAAUGGAAAUAUUAUCUAGAGGCACCAAUGGCACAUUACACCAGUACGUGACACGUUCCGAAGAUGACUCUGGCCAGUUAAUUCCCAUUCGAGUCAAGGUAACAGACAUAGGGAAUCCUCAUGCCCCUUUCACAGUAGGUGACCUCAGGCAUCGUCAUGAACACCUUUUAAGGUGUUGGUCCUUCCAUAAAAUACAUUUAAUAUGAAAAGUAUUUAAUGUGACUAAACAUCAGAGCAAUGUUAACAUUUUCUAAUGACAUUGAAAACGAAGGCCAAGAUGUGACCAAGAUGACUACAAUUAAGUUCUUUCACAUAUUGCCAAAUUGAAAACACCAACUUCAAACAUAAUGUUUAGAAAUGUUUCUGACUUUCUAAAACCUAUUAUACAGGUACUACUUUUGCACUGAACAAAUAAUGCCAGAUGGAAAUGUAUCAUCACUUACAUUUCCGAUGCUUUAUUCUUGAUGCAUUGUCUCAGCAACUUCCCUUUUUUUUCCCCAAAAUGAUUGGGGGAUUAAAACCAUCAGACAGAGCCCCUGAGGCUAAAUUGUUUUCACCCUUUCAUGUCUCUCUCUUCUUUCCUCUUUCCUGCCACAAAAGGUGAAAAAUCAAACCCAGCAUUCUCUCACCAGAUGUUCAUGUUCAAAUCUGGGACAGUGGAGUGACAGCACGAAUCAGCGGGUCUCACGCAUCACCAUCAGAUUAGACACACAGAGGUGUGGCAGUCUCUGCCCUGCAGGGGUCACAGUCUGGCCAGCAGACCAGACACCAACAGGUGGAUAAGGUAUUAAAUAACUAAGCUAAGUGCCAAAUGAGUGCUGGAAAUCUUGGCUUCUCCUUGGAAAUUGUGGUCUUCACCAAAGUCCCUACGUCUUGUUCAUGAAGGCCAUACUCAGUAUGGUCUAAAUGGUAAAUCAUUUGUUUAGGUAAAGAGAAGGUAGCACCUCUUUUUUCCAGUUCCCUCUCUUGAGAGCUUAGGGCAACUCUGCCUAGAUAGCCAAGGCCGUGUGACCCACACUCAGCGCCUAAUCUUGCUUCGUGGAUCAUGUCCUGCAAAGCCCAGACAUCUUACAUCCCAACACAUUAUCAAUCGAGUGCAAGAAUGAUAGUCUCUCUAAAUCAUAAGAACAGACAAAGCAAGAGUGAAAAAUUUUUAGAAAAAAGAGGCUGUUUUAAAGUUUCGGAAAAAGCUGGUGGCUGAUUAAGGGUUCUUUGCACAGGAAAUAUCCUCUGUGUAUAAAGUAAGCAGCUAUGUUGUAGGAAGCUAGGAGUGGUAACUUUGAAUGGAUGCAAAAUCAGUGCCAUCCCAAGCUCUCAAAAUAACAUCCCCUAGAGCUUAAGAAAGCAAGCUCAGGAGGUAAGCGGUUACAUUUUGUUAAGUUCUUCUCCAGCCCUUCCUAAUAUUUAAGGCUACAUUUACCCUUGUGACUUUCCACUAAGUGCUCAGAAAAGAGCUUGUUACGCGGAAGGUUUAAUUGAGCUAGAAACAAGUGCAGCUUCUGUUGAAAAAUGUCCUGUUGCCUGCAUUGGAUAAACAGGCACCCUUCACUAACAGGACCAGGAAUUCAGAAACACAGGAAAAAGAAGUGGCAUAAGCCAAAGGGUAGACCCAAAUGUCUCUGAACAUCUGCACAGCAGUCACCAGACGCCAGCUGGGCAGAGACACAGCCACAGAAAGCGCCCGAGGAUAAAGCAGGCAACUGGGCAUGAAAAUGUAGUGUCAGUGUCACCUAGAGAGCAGCUUUUCUCUCUGUAACAGGUCUGCUCUUUUCUGACCUUCCACCUAUUCUUUUUAUCCCCCUCCUUUUUCUCCUGGUGUCAACAUUUUAAUAGUCUGUUCCCAUCUCAUGCCUCCAAACAAUUAGCACCUGAUUUCAACCUCUUACUAUUUUUUUCCCCUUUCACUAUUCUGUCAAGCAGCUUUCAAAAAGAAAGGCAGUCGUUAUUAAAUUGAACUCCAGUUAGCCAGCCAAAAAUAGGUCCUAAAUUGCUGAUCCCAACAGAACCAUCUGAUCCUAAAAUAAAUAAGAAACAAACAGCAUGUCUAGCUGAUUCGGGCUAAAAACUAAUGGGUGUCAUUUUUUAAAGAAUGUUUUACUGAGAGUGGACCCAAGAAUCGGCUAAUAGAGUCCUAACCCUUGCCCUCUCCUAGGGACUGCCUAUAUGACCUUGGUCCAGUCUCUGAAUCUCUGUCCCUCUUCACCCCGUAUUUAAGAUAGCUGUUUUACACACUUCGUAAGACAGUUGUGAGGUGCCAUUGAUUCUUGACUGCAGAAUAUUUUGAAACCCAAAUAUAAAGGCAAAGUCAGUGGAGCUUGUUGGAAGACUCAGUCUCCGGCUUGUGGUUAUAAGUCACAUCGGAAGAACCAAUGAGGCCGUGUCCAGGAAGGUGGAGGCUCACGGGGCAUUGCUGUACCCCUGCCAAGUUAUUAAUCAGGUAGAUGGCCAGGGCGCUGACCGGUUAACACUGGGAGAUGGAAUGCAGCCAAAGACAAGAGAAACGGAACUUCAUGUGCAUUAAGCCCUAAACUCCCGCCUGGGUAUGACUUACAGCUCACCCAGACCCUGGUGUGACUCAACUGGCUUAUAAAUAAGACAACACGAAACACAAAUGUGACUUUUUCGCACAGCCUGGUGGCUCCAUGCCUACACUACACAUACCCUGCCUGACAAUCUUGGAAACUUUAGAGUAGAUUUCUUUCACAGCAGUAUUUUUUUUGGAUAUAAAGGGUAGGUAAAACUCAUUGUCAGUGAAAUAGGGAAAUCAUGUUAAAAGGCUGGUUAUCUCCCUUGGAGCAAAGACCGGCAGAAGGUAAGAUACCCGGGCACACAGCUAUUAACAACAUCCAACAUGCAUUCACAAGUUGAUUUUCCAGAUGAAAACAUGCUUUAAGAAGAGGCCUACUUAGACGGUCUACACCACUUCCAAGUCUCAGUUUAUUUACAGCAACUCUGGAUUCUGAGAUGGCUGUGAAAACAUGGAGAUUCCUCUCAAGCAGGCCAAGAAACCGUUCUAAGUGUUACUGAUUCUAAGUUUUGUUUUGUUGGGUUUUAAUUUUUCCAGUGAGCAUGGUGACUGCAGAGUUUUGAGUUGUGAACAGCUGAGCUAAAUAUUUUUUCUGUAAAAUCGGUUAGGAUUCCAUCCCUGUGAUAUAACACAGAAGCUCACACUCUAAAAGCAACAGCAUGUAAAUUAGAAUGAAAGAAGGAAACUAUGUAUGUAUGCCUAAUAUUCUUUGUGAAUGUCUUUCAUUUAACUAAAAUUAUAUUAGAAACCAGAUUGAUAAAUAAAAAAUCCAAAAUAGUUUUAAUUAUCCUAAAA